AUGUUUGAUUUUGAUGUUGCAGUAGUCGUUCCAAUGGCUGGUUGCAGCGAAAGAUUUCCUUCAUCUUGCCAAAAACAAUAUUAUAAUAUUCUGGGAAAACCAUUAUUUUUAUAUUGUGUCGAAAAGUUCUACAAAUUUAAUUACAUUAAAAAAAUUUGCUUGGUCUGUGAUAAAAUAGAUUUUGUAGAAGAUAUCUUGAAAAAAAAUUUCAGUGGAUUAGAAAAAUUUUUAAUUGUCAAAGGUGGAGCUUCUCGACAUAUCUCAAUUAAAAAUGGUUUAACUCAAUUGUCAAAAUAUGGAAAUAUUUUCAAAGUCGUCGUAAUUCAUGAUGGGGUUCGUCCAUUUAUUUGCGAAGAAUUCUUGUGCAAAAUAAUAUCGCAAAGUGCCCUGCAUGGAGCAGCAGGUGCUACAAGACCUUUAAUUUCUACCAUCAUAAAACCUAAUGAAGAAGAAUUUGUAGAAUCAUGUUUAAUUAGAAAUGAGUAUAUAAGAAGUGAAACACCUCAAGCUUUUUUAUUCCAUAUUAUUUUUAAUGCUUAUGAAAAGUGUAAUGAAUACGAUUUAAUAAAUGGAACAGAAUGUUUACAAUUAGCUUUGAAAUACUCUCAAGUAAAAGCUAAACUAAUACCAGGUCCAGAUACAUUAUGGAAAAACAAGGUUAAUCAAAUUGAUUAUUUUUCACCAGGAAUAAAUAUAAAUCCUACAAAAUAUUUUUAUAACAAUAUAGUUUAUUUUUCAAAUGAAAAAAUAGAAGAAAGUCAUUUGAUAUUAUUGAAAACACUUUUCGAUAACAACAACUCCUCAGAAACAAACUCUGAUUCAAUGGAUUCAUCGUCAAUUAUUGAGAGAACCAAAACAGAAAAAAUAAUAGAAAAACUUUAUGACGCAUUAAAAAAAGAGAAAGAAAAAAAAUUGAUGGAUCUAAUAAUAUCUUUAAUAUUUUUGGAAAAGCAAACAUUGGCUGGGCAAAUAUUAUUCGUAUAA